AUGAAAGCUCUGAAAACCCGGGGAGCUUUUAUAAUAAUGGCUAACCAAAAAUUCAACGAUCCUGCUUACCGGAAGGCUUUACGGAAGCCGGAUAUCCGCAUCGUACUAUGGUACUCAUUCAUGUACCUGAUUGUUCAGAUGAACAAGAGUAACGUUUCUAAUGCGGCUAUCAUGAACACUGAAGAGGGUCAUGGGAUCAAGAAACAGCUGGGAAACCUGACUUCUGGUCAAUGGGCUUGGGUUCUGUCCUGCUUUUACUAUCCGUACCUCUUUUUCGAACCGCUGACCACUGUUCUGAUGAAAAGGUUCUCCCCUAGCAGAUGGCAGGCCCGUCUCAUGGUGACUUGGGGUAUCGUUUCCAUGGCACAGGCGGCGUGCAAGAAUUACUCUGGAAUAAUCGCCGCACGGUUCUUCUUGGGUCUCGCAGAAGCUGGUUUCUACCCCACCGUUUUGUACCAUUUGGGUUUCUGGUACCGCACGCAUGACCUGCGCGCGCGCAUUGCGUUCUUCUACGGUGCAGGCCAACUUGCAGGUUUUAUUUCUGGGCUUCUGGCAUAUGGAGUCAGUCACAUUGAUGGAAAACGUGGAAUUUACGGCUGGCAAUGGUUGUUCAUUAUCGAGGGAAUACUCCCCAUUCUUGGAGGUAUCUAUACGUGGUUUUUCCUUCCAGAUUAUCCUGCAGAUGCUAAGAUGCUAACUGAAGAAGAACGUGAACUGAUUCUCUCAGCUCUGCCUUCCUACGGACCUCAGACCAAAAGUAAAACUUGGGAUUGGAGUGAAAUCAAACCUCUGCUCAAAACGCCAUCUUUCUAUUCAUACACAGUUAUCUGGAUUUGUCACGGAAUCGGUGGUUGGGGUAUUUCCUUCAUUCUUCCUACUAUCAUCUAUGGUCUUGGAUUCACGGAUACUGCCAAAACCCAGCUUAUGACCAUGCCUCCUGCUUUCCUUACUUUCUUCUUCUUAUGCAUUGUCGGAUACGUUGGAACUUGGCGUGGAAACAAGGGCAAGCCACUUAACAUGUUCUAUGUUGCUGCUGUUACCGAAACGGUCAAUCUGAUCUCGUACAUCGUUCUUUUGUGCACGAACAAUAGAGUCGCUCAGUACUUGAUGGUGUUGAUUGCAAACGGAAUAGGCCAAACUGUAUUUCCAUUACUAUGGCCUGAUAGAAUGCGUGCUGCCCAGGGAACAUCAGCUACAGGGUUGGCUAUUGGAGCUACCAACUGUAUGGCACAAUUUUUGGGUAUAGUUGGGCCUCAAAUCUACCAAACCAAGUUUGGACCCAGUUAUCACGUGAGUUACGCGAUCUCUCUGGCGAUGUUGGUUAUCGCGACGGCUGCAAUCGUUGUAAGCUACUUCCUUACUAGAAAAACGUUAAGAGAACUAGAUGAAAAAGAGGCUUUGGAGGAAGACGACUCGGUUUCGGAGACUGCUUCUGAAAAUGUGGUUGUCUUGCACUCAGAAAAGGCAGCAUAA